AUGGCUGGAAUUUAUACACCCUCCACGUGGACCAACGUGGCCGCGGUUUCAGGCGCGGCGGCGGUGGGGCUGGGCGCGUACGGAGCGCACGCGUUCAAACCGGAGAACCCGGUGUAUAAAGAGGUGUGGCGGACAGGCAACCUCUACCAUCUCGUGCACUCUGCUGCUCUCCUCGCCUCGCCUCUAGUCAAGCGACCCGACCUUUAUGGCAGUCUUCUCACCUUUGGAAUAGUUGCUUUCUCGGGCAGCUGUUACCUAUCAGCAGCGUAUGAGGACAGAACCUUGGGUGUUGGGGCUCCCUUUGGGGGAUUCGCCUUCAUUGGAGCCUGGCUUUCUGCUGCCUUCUGA